AUGAAGAAGAAGAAGGAGAAGAAGAAGAAGAAGAAGAAGAAUAUAAAGAAGAAGAAUAAGAAGAAGAAGAAGGAACUGCUGUUACCACAGUUAGCAAACGUUCCACGAAUGAACAUCAAAACCUGGCGAAACAUGAAGGAAAAGACAUCAACCACCACAAUCACCUCAAUCGUUCAGAUGAACACCAAAUUCUACCGCAUUCUGGGCCUCAUUCCGUACGAUAUGAAGACCUCCCGGAUCAAGUUGUCGAAGCCACUGUGCUGUGGGAUCGGAACCUUCAUCACGCUGUACUGGACUUCACUCGUCAUCUCGAUCGCCACCAGGGUCUAUGGAAACGAUCGGAUUUCUCGUAUUUCAAACUAUUUUCAACUAAUCAGCAAUGCCAUCAUGUUGACAACGCUGCUGAUCUCGCCGGCGUUCAAGGUCAAAAUCUUCGCGGAGAUUAUUCGUUCUUUGAAGAAAUUCGAAGAUGAGUUGAACAAGGAUGCAAUCCAUCCCAACUACACGGUUCAAGUUCGCUGGAACAUCGGUAUUAUCACAGGGAUCAUCAUGUUUCUGAUCGGGAUGACCACCUUCGAUUGCUACGUUACUGUGCUCAAUGGCUACGUUACCUUCGACUACUGGCUGAUAACCAUCUUUCCUCACUUAGUCAAUGUCAUAGCAGUCACCAAGGCUGUUCUGCUUCUGCUUUACGUUAACUCUCGUUUCAAAAUAUUGAACGAACUUCUGCUCAUGGAACAGAAUAACGUCCCUGAUCACAGAAAGGCCCCGAUGAAGCUCCGUGCCUCGACCUGCUUCAUACGAACCUCGAAACAAAACCUCCACGUAGUUGAAUUCCACGAUGUCAGUCACAACAAAUACUACUGGCUACCCAAGAUCCUAUAUCGCUACAACGACCUGCACGACAUCUGCAAACUACUCGACAAGUACUUCGGUUUGCUGUUCUUAAUCACCUUUACGUCGAUCUUCAUCAUCACCACCAUUCAACUGUACUACAGCUACACCAUCCUGUACUGGUUCACCGGCAAGAACGGAUUCACCAUCUGGUCCCUGAUGGUCUGCUUCAACACCAUCGCCAUGAACCUUUCCGUGCUGCUGACCAUUGUCCUGCUCUGCGAAAACAUUUCCAACCAUUCAAAAGUGGCAAACGACCUCGUCGCCGACCUUCAACUUCGCGGAUCACGUCACAUGACCUCCGAGGAAAUCAUCAAGAUAACGACACCCUUUCAGACGGCCAACAAGAUGUUCAAGUUCUCAGCGAUGGGAUUUUUCUUCAUCGAUUGCAACAUGCUGUGCGGGAUGAUUGGAGCGAUUACCACAUAUUUGGUUAUUUAUAUACAAUUUUAUAUUUUAUAUGCCGAUGAGGUGAAGAAAUCGAUUUUUGUGUCGCGUUUUUCAAUGAUGUAA